UUAUGCUUGAAAGAUUGUAAGACUGCUACAAAAUUGUUUUCGAGACAAAAAAUAUUUCACUCGAAUAAGUAUCUGCUAAAAUUGUUCUCUUGUUUUUGUUCGACGAAAUUUCUAACAAAACAUUAUUUACGCGCAAGUGUGUUGUAUUAUUUACUUUUGAAAUUCUCGAGUAAACGUACAUCUUGUCGUCUUGAUAGCUGCACGAGUGUAUAUGAUAUUAAUAAGGUGUGUACAUACUUACAAAAUGUGAAAAUCGAGAUAGCAGUCGUUUGAUCGCUGCGUCUCUCUCACUGACAUUUUGAUAUGGUAUACUGUCUGAUAACACGAACCGAUAACUAGAGUCGCACACAUUUUAUCAUUUAUAUUUUUGCACCGAUUAACGUAUAGUUUUCCGGACUACGUGAUUUUAUUUUGGACCAAAGUUGAGGAGCACAGUAAAAUCAUGUAAAAUUCGAUCAUUACGAGUUCCACGUUUAUCUAGAGUUUUUGGAGGUCUUCGACAGGCUUUUGUUAAGAAUUCAUUUUUACUAUCCGUUUCGUGAUUCGUGUUAUAUCGUAUCAAUACAAAAUUUGAAAUAACGAUCUAUCAACGGAAUAAUGCGAUUUUUAACAACGCAUAGUUCUCUUGAAUCAGAUUUUUCAAUUAUAAAAAUUGGAUACUUGCACAUCCCUAACCAUAAUAUACCAAGAAGAAGACAACUGUAAUAAGUAUAAUAACCAUUUAGUCUAUAACUGUCUUCUUUCUUCUACUAAAAAUUCUCGAAAAAUAUCUCAACCUAUCCACUUGUACUUGCUCACACAUAAAAAGCAAUGACGAUUGAAGAAUCAAGGAGAUCACAGCGACCUUACCGAUAUGGUAUGGUAUUACUUUGCGUUGGUGCUUUGAUCAAUUGGCUUGGCUUGGCUGAACAUUACGUCGAACCAGUAAGAUACGUUGGAGUAGCUUGCAUCGUUGCAGGUGCGCUUUUGAUAUGUGCUGCUAUGUGCUGUUGGCUGCAUGCACCUCCGACAAGAACUAGUACUCACACCCAUCGAACAACACAUGUUCCCACUGUUCCGGUUGACGACUCUAUACACGUAAUUUCGAUGGAGGAGCCUUCUUCGGGUGCCAGACAAAAACCUCCAGAUUAUGAAGCUGUUGCAGAUCCUCCACCUAGCUAUGAUGAUGCAAUAAAACUUAACCCUGCUCAGUUGGCUCAGCAGAAUCAUCGAAACAGUAUCGGUGCGAUCUCGGCCAUAUCAACUGAGCUUUCCAUACCUGGCACUGUUUUGCAAAUAGAUCCACCAACCCACACGCCACCCCCUCCUUAUGCCAGAUGAAAUGAUUCUGCAAAACAACGGUGGUCGACGCAAAUAAGAAAUUCCUAAAUAAAAAAAGAGAGCAAAAUCUAAUCUUUUAACGAAGACAAGUGAUCAAGUCUCAGUAGCGCUGAUGAAAGUGUAAAAAAAGACUUUAUGGCAAUGCGAUGUUGAAUCUUGCAAAUGCGCACAACUGUCAUACAAAAGCGAUAACAUGAGCAAAAGUUGAUCGGAAAAAAUCAUUUGUAGUAUAUGAUUAGCUUACGGUACAAAUGAAACAAAUAAACACCUUUUCGAUGGUCUUGCAAUUUUAUAGAUACAACAACAAAUCUAAACAGUAAUAGCAUUGACAAUUGAUAUUCGUUAAUCAAAUGUAUAUAAUAAAAGUGAAGUAAAAGUUUAUAUGUAAAGUAUAAACUCCUACUGUAAAGUUCUUACUUAGUUACUAGGAAAUGAGUCAAUGUAGGUGAAUGAUUGUGAAAUCGGAAAUUAUGUGAAGCUGACGUGUAUUAACUGAUGUAUAUAUACACACAUUUUUGAAUGUAUAUUAAUGCAGUAAAAUAUUUGAGAUAUAAUAUAAUUUAAAUGCAUGUAAGAACAAAGUAAGGAAACACCACGCUUUUCUUUAAUAUUUGAAUUGAAAAUGAAAAUCUUACGAAAACCACAGUCAUUUGUCAGUUUAUUGACUGCAUGGAAGAUUUUUUCCUUGUAAAUAUGUACUAUAUUAAAAAAAUGUGGUCUAUAGUACGAGUGAAUUAUUUAUUGAUUCUGGAGUUUCUAGUCAAAAAACAAUAGUCGUAGUUAUAAAUAUUCAUAAAUUUAUAAAUACUUACUGAGAUUUAUGUACGCAAUUGUUGCAAUCCAUUCAUAUAAUAUUCAAAAAGUGAAAGUUCAUUGGCAAAUGGAUAAAAUUUCGAUAAGAUAAAAAUGAAGGCCUUUACGGAUCCUAUCAUAAAAAGUAUAUUUAUGGUAUAUUUUUGGUUAGUUUUAAAUGUAAAAGAAAGUUGUCAAAUUACUGUUUAUAUUAUAAAAACUAAUAGAACCAGGUAUUGAUAUAACUCGAGGGUGCGACGUUGUAAGUUCGAUCAAGGCUGAUAAUAAAAUAAUUUACUUACAAUUUUCUUAAUGAUAAAUAGUGAAAAAAUUUAUAAAAUGGGCAACAAAUACAGACGAGUGUCACUCAUGCAAUGACCAAGACCAUAUAUGAUAUGAUUUAAAAUAGGUGAAUAAAUAUUGAUUAAAUAAACUAUGUCUACAUUGAGAGAUUAAUUGUUGUAUAGAGUCAUUGCACAACAUUUUACCGUAUUCUACUGAAAAUAUACUAUGCCG